CUCUACUCUACUCUACUCUACUCUAACUCUUAUUCUCUUAUUCUAUUCUAUUCUAUUCUACUCUACUGUACUCUACUCUAACUCUUAUUCUAUCUUAUUCUAUUCUAUUCUGUUCUACUCUACUCUACUCUACUCUACUCUACUCUACUCUACUCUACUCUACUCUACUCUACUCUAACUUUUAUUCUAUCUUAUUCUAUUCUAUUCUGUUCUAUUCUGUUCUAUUCUACUCUACUCUACUCUGAGCAUUGUGUUGCUUCUGCCGCUGAAGAACACAAGACAUUAUUAUUAUCCCUAGAGGGUUAAACUGCAUGCAUGCUUAACCGUGGAUUAUAAACCACAUUCGAAACAAAAUAGGACUUAGCGUGUAGUACACACUAAUAUUUAUGGUAAGUGCUAAUAUUUGAGGGGCUCCUAACAAAGGCAAGGUGUGUGUGUGUAAGUGUCAAACUAUUUUCCAAAGCACCAGAGGGCAGGACAAGAAACAAUGGACGGAAACUAACCAAGGAGAGAAGCAAACCUGGAAUUAAGGAGAAACUUCCUAACAGUGAGGACAAUUAACCAGUGGAACAGCUUGCCACUAGACGUUGUGGGUGCUUCAUCACUGGAGGUUUUUAAGAAGGGAUUGGACAACUAUUUGUCUGAAAUGGUAUAAGGUCCCCUGCUCGAGCAGGGGGUUGGACUAGAAGAACUCCAGGGUCCCUUCCAACACUAUUAUUAUUACUACUACAGUAGUAUCCAUGGUUGCGCUGUAAAAUUGGACAAUGUCUCCAUAUUGAGGCGGCAUGCUAAGUAAGAGGCAUCUGAAGGGCGUUUAUGAACAUUUUUGUGAGGAGGGAUUGUGCUAAAUUUCCCAGAUAAUCUCUCCUCCUACAAAAGGCUCACUGUGCUCUCUGAAGGAGUCUUUAUUUUUGCUGCCUCUCAACAGAGAUAAUAUGUCCAUUUCUAGACGUAAUAAAUCCCGAAUUCCCAGAUUUCUGGAAAACAAAAAAGUUGGCUAUUCAAAGUAGGUCUAACGUCCUGAGUUGAUAGAUAGAUAGAUAGAUAGAUAGAUAGAUAGAUAGAUAGAUAGAUUAGAUAGAUAGAUAGAUAGAUAGAUAGAUAGAUAGAUAGAUAGAUAGAUAGGUAGAUAGAUAGAAAAAUGUUGUGCAAACAUCAUUCUGGCCACUGUUACAAUAAACCCUAUCAUUCCAUGUUCUAUUUCUCUCACAAGCUCCUACCCUCCAGCGAUUUAAAAACCAGAGCAUUUGUUUUACAAGCUAACACCUAUUCUUCUUCUGUUACAGGUUUCCAGUCACUUUCUCGUCUGUCUUCCUACGAAAUUAUCGUGCCCAAGAGGAUAGAACGAGAAGAUCAAAGAACAAACCCAGAAUAUUGGGUGGUAAUUAAGCAUGGGGGCAACUUCCAUGAAUCAAAUUAAGGAAUUAAUGGGAAUAUUGUGCACAGAUACUGCGUUUCCCCGAAAAUAAGACAUCCCCUGAUAAUAAGCCCAAUCGGGCUUUUUGAGCACGUGCGCUAAAAUAAGCCCGAAAAUAAGCCCUCCCUGAAAAUACCCCCCCCCCAAAUAUUUAUAAUAAUAAUAACAGAGUUGGAAGGGACCUUGGAGGUCUUCUAGUCCAACCCCCUGCCCAGGCAGGAAACCCUACACCAUUUCAGACAAAUGGUUUUAAACGCAUUAAACACAUGCACGUCCCUGCCAUUUUCUCUGGUUAGGAAAACAGAGCUGCACCCCAAAAUAAUAAGACCUCCCCGAAAAUAAGACCAAGCACUUAUUUCGCGGUUCAAAAAAAUAUAAGAUAGGGUCUUAUUUUCGAGGAAACAUGGUAUUUGGAAGCCACUGUAGAUGACAAAAUACCGUACUCUCUGUGUUGUGUUUUUCAAGACGGUUGUAGGGAGUGAGCAGGUAUAAUGAGGCAGGGCAGAGGGGAUGUUUGCAAAUGGCCUUCCUAUGUUAGAAUUGAAGGUUAUAUAUCAAUGUUGGGGAGCAGCAUACAAGUUUGUAGGAAAGCUUUGGGGGGGGGAGCCUUACAAAUCGGCCGUGCCAACCUCUUCCAAUCAUCUCCACUGUAGUUCGUUUCUCAACCUUGGCGGCUCGAAGAUGUGUGGACUUCAACUCCCAGAAUUCUGGCUGGGGAAUUCUGAGAACUGAAGUCCACACUAUCAGUGUUCCAGGAAAAAACAACAACCCAACUCCAAGUAAAAACUCCAAAGCAAGAAUCUUUCAAAGUUCUAUUUACUAGGAUAGGUAAACUGGCACAUCUGGGAAACCCCAAAUUUGAGAGGACCGGGUUUUCCCUCAGUAAAUCAAAAACCCCAAAACCAUUCCCUGACUCCUCAGUCGAUCACAUGCUCCAAUCGCCAACCGUCCCAUCUCGAGACAGCACUCUGACCCAGUUUCCAAACGCGACAAACCCUCUGUAGUUAGCUAAACAUUCCUUUUUAUUAGGAGCACCAGCAGCCCCAGCAAAAAGUUUCUCUCUCAACCCGGGCUAACAACUCUGUCCAGCAAGGAGAGGAAUAGUUGUCUGCCAUACCUAUUCAUUUCCACCCCCUUUUAUCCCCAGAGCUAGGGUGGGGCUUCGCUAGUAGCAGUGGCUUUUCCGUCUCAAGGACCGUCCCAUAGAUUUCCACUGCUCUCCUCUCCUCUGCCUUCUGUGCAUCCGCGUGUCAGGCACUGGACCCAGCUCUUCCUCCUCUUCCUCAUCAACCCCUCCAGACCUGGGGGGCUGUUGACUCUCCAUCUGAGGGCCCAGGCUCUGCCUCUGUUUCUCUUUCUGCCAGUUCCAUUCCCUCUUCCCCCUCGGAGCUUGUUGCCUUGAUGUUGAUCCUGACUCCUACGCCGCCUCCUCAUCUCAUUCGGCUGCUGGAGGGCCCGGCGGCCGACAGGCCACGACACAAACUGGAAAAUAGAAUAUAAUAAAGGUUAAAAAAGAAUGCAUUAUAUAAAAGGUUAAAUCUAAAAAUCACAUAAGAUUUAUAAAGUGCCUCUCCCACCCCCAAGAAUAUAUAUAAGAGAGAAAGAAGAUGUGAAAUAUUUAUUAAAUAUUACUGCUUGACUCUCACUGUUCAUUUGUUUGCGACUGGGUCACUACAUAUGAUUGAAACACCCCUUAAUAUUGCUUUCUCUUUCUAUGCUUUCAGGACAAGUUAUUGUUUGAUGUUAAAAUUGAAGGAAAACCAUACAUAAUUCAUUUAAAAAGGAACAGAGAUCUGGUGUCCCAAGACUUCACAAUUUACACCUACAAUAAAAAUGGAAGUCUGCAAACCGAAACUCCAAAUCUUCAGAAGCACUGCCACUACCGGGGGUAUGUCGAAGGCAUCUCAGAUUCUACAGUUGCAGUCAGCACCUGCUUCGGGCUCAGCUCCUUUGAGAUUCAUGCCCCUCGUUUGGAAAAUUGAGGCUGACGUCUAAGGUGCUGUCGUUGCCAGGGGCGUGGUGCAGAUGCAGGACAUCACUUACGGAAUUGAGCCCGUGGACUCAACUUCUCGUCAUGCCAUUUACCGGAUGGAGAACGUGAAGAAAGAGCCCCGGAACUGCGGCGUCUCUCAUCUGGAUGGAAACCGGGACACCACAGAUGUUCAACACCAUCUGGAUGAUUCUCUAAUGUCGAGAAGGAAAAGAAGCGUUCUUCAACAGACAAGAUACGUGGAGCUCUUCAUUGUCGUAGACAAAGAAAGGUACUAUUUGCUAGGCCAGAAUAAAACGGCGGUCAGAGAAGAGAUGGUGCAGCUGGCAAACCUUCUGGAUAGUAUGUACAUCAUGCUCAACAUCCGCAUCGUGUUGGUCGGCCUGGAGAUCUGGACUUUUGAAAACAAGAUCCGAAUGGAAGGAGCCGCCGGAGACGUCCUUGCCAAUUUUGUGCAGUGGAGGGAGCGGGAUCUGGUUCCGCGCCGGCGGCACGACAGCGCCCAGCUUGUUCUGAGGAAGGAUUUUGGUGGCACAGCUGGAAUGGCUUAUGUGGGCACUGUAUGCUCCAAAAGUCACGCUGGAGGCAUUAAUGUGUUUGGACCCACCAGCGUGCAGGCGUUUGCAUCCAUUGUCGCUCAUGAGCUUGGCCACAACCUGGGCAUGAACCAUGAUGACGAUAGAAACUGUCACUGUGAAACGGGGAACUGUAUUAUGAACUCUGGAGCAUCAGGUGCCAGGAAUUUCAGUGCGUGCAGCGAGGAAGACUUUGAAAAGCUAACCCUGAACAAGGGCGGAAGCUGCCUUCUCAACAUCCCCAGGCCUGAGGAAACCUACAGCAUCCCGUACUGCGGCAAUAAGCUUGUGAAUGCAGGAGAAGAGUGUGACUGUGGGUCAGUGGAGGAGUGUAAAUCUGAUCCCUGCUGUGAGGCAGGAACUUGCAGGCUACACUCAGGAUCCAGCUGCGGCUACGGCGAUUGCUGUAAAGAUUGUCAGUAUCUUUCCAAGGGCACUGUGUGCCGUGAGAGGGCCAGCGAGUGCGACCUCCCUGAGUACUGCAACGGGUCUUCGGCCUUCUGCCCGCUGGAUGUCACCAUUCAGAACGGGCACCCUUGCCACCAAGACAAGGCCUACUGCUACGAUGGAGUUUGCCAGGAUUAUGAGUUACAGUGCCAGGAUAUCUUUGGACCACAAGCAAAGGUUGCCCCCAAAAUUUGUUUCUCGGAUGUGAAUUCCAAAGGGGAUCGGUUUGGAAACUGCGGAUAUCAGAACCGCGAAUACAAGAAAUGUUCAAGCUGGAAUGCCAUGUGCGGAAAGCUGCAGUGUGAGAAUGUGGAAACCUUGCCGGUUUUCCGGAUCAAGCCUGCCAUUAUCCGAACUCCCAUCAAAGACAAGACCUGUUGGGGUGUUGACUUCCAGCUAGGAUCAGACGUGCCGGAUCCUGGGAUGGUGAAUGAAGGCACCAAGUGUGCACCUGGAAAGGUCUGCAAGCACUACCAAUGCGUCAAUGCGUCCGUCUUGGAUUAUGACUGUGACAUCACGAAUAAAUGCAACGGGCGCGGGGUAUGCAACAGCAAUAAAAAUUGCCAUUGCAAUUCAGAUUGGGCGCCUCCCUACUGCGAUUCCCCUGGAUACGGGGGCAGUAUAGACAGCGGACCUACUUAUAACGACAGCAAUGUUGCCGCACGAAAUUGGAUCCUGGCGUUUGUGUUCAUAGUUCUUCCCAUCGUGAUAGUUGCACUCGUUCUUUAUUGUACGAAAAGUAAAAUCACUCCUUCCUGGUUGCCGCUCGUGGACACCUGUUGUAGAUGCUUCCGCAGAUCGGAUAUCGGUAGGCAGCAGGCUGUUCGAACCGAAUGUCCACGCAACUUUCCGUAUUCUUCCAGAAAUGCAUCGUCGUCCGCGGUAGUGUCAUCCAUGGACCAACAGCGUGUCCCACCAAGGCCUCCACCGCCAGUGUUGAAAACUUCAAGGGCAUCGGAACAGCUGAUCCCCUCUCGACCGGCACCUUUGCCCCCUAUAUAAAACAUCUCAUUGGCCUUUUGCAAGCCUGCAACCACCCACAACCACUUUCUUAGGACUGAGCUCAACUGUCCAUCAAGCGACUUUCGAAACUGUGUUUUCUUCCUUUGCACCAGAAUAAGAGGAAAGGAAAUACACGAAAUGCACGAGAGGCAAUACACGAAAUGCAAAAAAAACAAACCAAGGAAUGUAAAGUCGUCUCAAAUACCUCUCCAGGAACUCAAAUCACCGAGAUGGUCAGAAACUGCCCAAGUCAACGGCAUUUGGGCUGCAUUGCUGGGCGAUAUCAGCUUGAACUGGAACAAUGUUUUGGAUUUAAGGGCAUUUCCGUUCUUUUUAUGGUUAGAUUUAAUUGUGCGAUACUUGACAUAUGCAAUCCCACCGGUUCCUAAGGGGUUUUUUUCCUCCCAGAAAAUGAAAUAAGUCGAGGGAAGAUUUGCCUGACUAAUUUUAAGGACCAGUAAGCUGAUCUUAGAGGGGACUUGUCGAUCGAGGAGGUCGGCAGUUCAGCGGUUCGAAUCCCUAGCGCCGCGUAAUGGGGUGAACUCCCGUUAGUUGUCCCAGCUUCUGCCAACCUAGCAGUUUGAAAGCAUGUAAAAAAAUGCAAGUAGAAAAAAUAGGGACCACCUUUGGUGGGAAGGUCACAGCGUUCCAUGCACCUUUGGCAUCGAGUCAUGCCGGCCACAUGACCACGGAGACGUCUUCGGACAGCGCUGGCUCUUCGGCUUUGAAACGGAGAUGAGCACCGCCCCCUAGAGUCGGGAACGACUAGCACGUAUGUGCGAGGGGAGCCUUUACCUUUAAGCUGAUCUACAAACCUACUUUACAGUCAUUAUGGGAAACAAAAUGUAGUUUGACUUGACUGGGAGAACAAUCAGAGGCGGGCAGCCCUGACUUGAGGGGUGCGAGCUGCUGUUCUUUUCCUGUGCCUUGGGAAUCUUGUGUCUAUUCUUGAAUUUUAAAAAUUCUAAAAAAAAAAAAAAGAUGCAAGCGAAACAAAGAUGCAUUAAGGUGCGUGUGGCACUUUAAAUGAUGGCACAGCCAGCCUAAAACGUGACACGUAAGUGUCAGGCUUGCACGUCACACGCUUUGGAUGUGCAGCUGUUCCUCAAAAUAGAGCCAGGAGGGUGGCAAGUUAGUUUGACAGCCGCAAUUUCCCUAAAAGGUUAUACCCGUCUUCACCUGUCCUUCUGAAGCUUCGGUCCAACCCAGGAACAGGUGCAGACGUUUAAAUUGCUUUGCGUGGAUUGGAGUUUUCUUACCUGGAAAUGCAUGAAGCUUAUGACACCUGAGAAAAUGUGAAGCAUAGCGGCUGUGCAGUUGUAUUCUUCUCUUGCUUCGAAGCCAGACCCACUGGAUUCAAUGGGACUUUUUGUUCAGUGGGGUUAUGAUUGCAAGCUUAUCCAAGCAGGGCUACCAGCCAAGGGCUCUGACUGUUUAUUGCUAACACUGACAUGGGUGGGGUGUUUUUUUUUUUGUUUCCCUUAAUGAAAAAAGAUAGAAGAAUUGGCAGGAAAAGAGGAGAAGAUUAUAAAUAGGAGGUGAUGCAUCUUCUUACUCAGGUGUGCGUGUACAGUCAAAAAUCCAAAGUGCUGGCCGCGAUGUGAUCCAAGGUCUCCUCCUUUGAGCGCACCUGCAUAAAAUUGGGCGGAGCUUCCAUCACCCUUACGGGUGGUCCUCCUUUAGUGACCAUACUUGGGUUCAGCAACUCGGUCAUGAAAUGAAGUAGUUGCCAAUCGGAACCGCGACUUAAGCUAUGGUCUCCAUUCAACCUUCCUUUGCGCUACAGACCUGCAAGGGUGGACUGGUUGUGUUCCUCUUCGUUAAGGGUGAAUGGUUGCUAAACGAGGCGGUCGCUAAACGAGGACCUCCGCAUACAAGACUUGACUUUGUUACCAUGCGUUGCAGACACCUCUGCUUUUGCAGGGCAAUUGCACAACAAACCUCUGGGCACGUUCCUCGAAGUUAAUGAAAUCCAUUCUUCGCAUGUACAUAGUUUUUAACGCUGUGUGUGACUUGUCAACAACUAAUUAAACAACUAAUUCUAUCUCUGCUCGCUGAUCUUACAACUGCGUUUAAUAAAAAAGAUUUUUAGGGAC